AUGCCCCUCCUCGCCCUCCCCAACGAGCUCCUCCUCAUCAUCGCCGAAAAGCUCCGGUUCGCCAAAGACGCCGCUUCCUUCCUCCUCACCUCCCGCCGCCUCGCCUCCCUCCUAACCCCACACCUCCACCACCGUGCAACCCAACCCUACUCGGGCCUCAGCGCCCUCCACUGGGCCUCCUCGCGCGGCCACAAAGCGCUCAUCAAGCUUCUCGUCCUGCACAAACACUUCGGCAUCAACACGCCCGACGCCCUCCUCGGCCAGCCGCCGCUGCACCACGCCAUCUCCCCGCGCGUCUCCUUCUCCGUCCCCAAGCUCCUCGUCGACCUCGGCGCCGACGUCAACUACCGCACCGUCAGCGGGCGCGACGCGCUGCACGUCGCAAUCCGCCACGGCCACAUGCAGACCGCGCAGAUGCUCGUCGAGCACGGCGCCAGGGUCGAUACCCGCGACGCGGGCGGCCACACGGUGCUCUACAUUGCGGCGUAUGUGGCGUCGCCGGGGAUGGUCAGGUUCUUGCUGCAGAGGGGCGCCGACGUGAAUAUGCGCAAUCUGGACGGGAGGACGGCGCUGCACUGUAUGAUGCAUCAGGGACACUUGGCGGGGUUUAAUAGGAACUCGGCGGCGCUGCUGGAGCUGCUGCUGAAGAGCGGGGCGGAUACGAGUCUGCGCUCGAAUGAUGGGUAUACGGCGAGGGAUAUUGCGGUGCUGAGGGGGCUGCAUAGGAUUGUUGAAAUACUGGAUGGUACGAGUGGAUCUGCUGCUAUUAUGGCUGCUGUGGAACAUUCGGGGAUGUUGGUGUAG